AUGGCUUCUCUAAAACAGGAAUAUCUAAUCUGUCACUCAGCUCCUAGGAUCGUCGCUGAAUCCACACUCCACCUUCCUCCUCCCCACUCCCCCACUCCCACCCCUGGAUAUUCUAAACGAGACGUUCUAAACGAGACAGGCCACGAGGCAAUCGCGCAAAAGGCCCCGAAAUCGGCCCCGUGGCCACGACGGUCGAGGACGUGA